CUGUCGAGCUGGGUUUCACUUCCUGACCAUCACAACCGACCACAUUGCGUAUCAUACUUGAGCGUUCAAAUGGAUGUAUCUCUUCAAACCCACAGGUCCUAUCUGGAUAGACCUAUUUGCAGCCUGCCGACACCAGCCUUGGUGUUGAGUCGUCCUGUCAUAGAGAGCAACAUCAAACGCCUGCACAACGAUGUCUCGCAGCUUGGCAUCUCCUUUCGACCGCACGUUAAGACGCUCAAGAGUCUUGAAGUGACGCGGAUGAUGCUAGAAGGCGGUAAAUACCGCAAGAUCGUCGCUUCAACAGUUUGCGAAAUCGAAGGUGCUUUGCCUUUGGUCACAGAAGGGGUCCUAGACGAGUGUCUUUACGGGCUGCCUAUCACCGACAGUAUCCUCCCACGGCUCGUGAAGAUCAGGCAAUCAAUCAAAAUCCUGCUCAUGAUCGACAAUGAGCAGCAGAUCGAACUUUUGGAGCGAUUCUCCUUGCAGAAUCCAGGACUCGAGAUAUGGGAUGUCUUCAUCAAGGUUGAUGUCGGCUCUCACCGCGCUGGUCUUAUGAACAAUUCCCCGCGUCUACGCCAUGUCAUCGAACGCGCGGAGAGCUCAUUCGCAGUAUCGAUCUAUGGAUUCUAUUGCCAUGCGGGUCAUUCAUAUGGAUGUCGUGAUCGGGAAUCGGUGGAUGUAGUCCUCCAGUCUGAGCUGGAGGGUGCUCUAGCUGCUUCACAGGUGGUUCCAUCGACUGAUCGCUCUUUUGUUCUAUCUAUUGGAUCAACGCCUACUGCUCAUGCGAUCCAAGCUAUCAAAGACAGAAUCCCCGAGGGAUGUAUCAUAGAACUACAUGCAGGUAAUUUUCCCGCACUUGACCUUCAGCAAGUAUGCACCGGUUUAGUAGACCGGACAGACCAAGCAGUGCGUAUCCUAGCCGACGUGUGUAGCGUCUAUCCUGAGCGCAACGAAGCUCUCAUCAACGCCGGUGCCAUAGCCCUGUCCCGAGAGACCAGUUCGAUUCCAGGCUUUGGUCAAGUUGUUGAGCAACCUGAUUGGCACGUGGUCCGCUUAUCUCAAGAGCAUGGCAUCCUUGGUCUUCCUUUGGACCAACCGACGGUGGCUGGGGACACACAGAGUGUUGAGGAUGUGUUUCGGGUGGGACAAAAGAUAACCCUGUACUGUCAACAUGCUUGCAUCACUGCGGCUGCUUUUCACGUGUAUUAUGUGGUGGAUGAGAAUGACAUUGUGCGCGAUACCUGGAUUCCAUGGAAGGGCUGGUGA